GAAAGCAUGGACCAUGUUUAAAUGUAAUACAAUCAUACACAGCCACAAGAUUGCUGUAAAGGGCGUUGGCAGAGAAAAGAAGCCAAAAAUAGGGAAAUAGAGGGAAAACGUUGCCAGCAAAGGGGUGGCUUCCCAGAUAAGCAGAUAAGGAAUUAGGCAAGAACCAGUUUACAGUCUGUCUUUUUGUAAAGUAAAUUAAGGAUCCAGCAAAGCAGAAUAAAAAAGAAGGAAUCUUUAGAGAGAGAGAGAAAGAGAAUGAAGACUCACAUGGGUUGGCGUGGAUUCCCAUGACUUCAGCGGUUGAAACCCAAACAGUUCCAUCGAGGAAGAAAGGGCAUUUUGGAUUGAACAGAGAGGCAGAGAUGGCUGCUUUGAGGGCUUGUUUUGGACUCUAUGCCGUGAUUAUUGCUAUCUUUUAUGUUGUCAUGUUGCCUGUAUCUCGAGCUGAGCAUGCCUCUUCUCCAGCUCCGGCUCCGGCUCCCACUAGCGAUGGCACCGCAAUAGACCAAGGCAUAGCAUACAUUCUAAUGCUGCUGGCUUUAGCGCUCACUUAUAUCAUCCAUUGAUGCAACUUCCAAAAGCACCAAAAACAGAAGAAGCUCCAAUUAUGUGUAUGAGAUGAUGGGAGGAGGGCGUGGUGUUUCAAAUGCCUUUUACCUUUUUUUUUGAAAGAUUGGCAGAGAUUUCAUUUGUAGAAAGUCAGUUGUAUUAUUAUAUAUUUAUCAUUCUUUUUCUUGAGUGAUCAUUAUGUUCAUUUGGGUA